AUGCGCUGUAACGGUGUGUACGACUGUGCAGGUGGAGAGGACGAGACUAACUGCGAGACUUACACGUGUCCUGGUCUGUACCGCUGUUACUCUUCCACCGUCUGCUUGCAUCCCUCGCACGUGUGUGACGGCGUGUUCCAGUGUCCGCAGCAGGACGACGAGAGGUUCUGUCACCUGACCUGUCCUGUAGAUAGUUGUACAUGUCAGGGUCACGCUUUUGUGUGCUCUACAGUAUUCAACGUGAGUUCACCACUCAGGUCUUUAGUAGGAAAUGCCUUUAACGUAACGCCGGCCAUUGAGAGCUUGGAUCCCUGGUGGCAACGCGGGAGCUUUGUGUCCAGGUUCUGUCUGAACAACCAGGCGAGCUACAGUGUCUUCGUCAUCAACCUAAACAUUGCUGAUUUUGUGAUGGGCAUUUACCUGGCCAUCAUCGGUGUAGCAGACCAGGUGUAUCGAGGCAAGUACCUUUGGCACGACACCACAUGGAAAACCAGUCCGGUGUGUCACGUGGCCGGCUUUCUGUGUCUGUUGUCAACCGAGGUGUCGGCCUUCAUCAUCUGCCUCAUCACCUUGGACCGUUUUCUGGUUCUGCAGUUUCCUUUUAGCAGAGUUCGCUUUAAUAAACAUUCUGCUGCAAUAGCGUGUUGCUCGGUGUGGAUGGUUGGCCUCGUUCUGGCGGCUGUUCCUCUUCUUCCCGUGACGUCACACUGGGAAUUCUACAGCCAGACCGGCAUUUGUGUGCCGCUUCCGAUAACGCGAAAGAGUUUCGGUGGACAUGACUACUUGUUCGGUGUUGUCAUAGUCGUAAACUUAGUCCUCUUCGUUCUUAUCGCCGUCGGCCAGCUUAUUAUCUACUACACUGUCCGAGUGAAUUCCCUGUCCACGUCGUCCAACAAAAACACCGCUGACCUGUCCGUGGCGCGCCGCCUGACCUCAGUCGUUGUGUCCAGUUUUCUCUGCUUCUUUCCUGUGGCUUUGUUGGGUGUGUUGGCCGCCUCAGGUACCCCCAUUCCUGGUGAAGUAAACGUUGCCAUGGUGAUCUUUGUCUUACCUUUUAACGCUGCCCUCAACCCGUUCCUGUACACCUUCAACACGGUGAUGGAGAAACGACGACGGGCCACAGAACUGCGGCUGUUGAAGCGCCUCGAGUCCAGAGGUCACAGUGAAGUCUUCUCGCUUCACAACACUAGGCAGGUAAAAGCUACCGACGUUGGCGACUACAGGUAG